CGGUUCGAGUUCGUGACUCGGCGCUUUGUUCCGGUUUCCCUCACGCUCUACCCUCGUCUUCCCCAUUCGUGGGUUACCCGGAGGGCAGUCGAUCCAGAUCGCGAAGGAAAGCGAAGACGAAGUAUGGGAGUGCCAGCCUUCUACCGAUGGCUCGCCGACCGCUACCCCUUAUGCAUCUCCGACGUGGUCGAGGAGGAACCCGUGGAUCUCUUGAGACCCAACCCUAGCGGCGUCGAGUUCGACAAUCUAUACCUCGACAUGAACAACAUCAUCCAUCCCUGUUUCCACCCAGAGGGAAGGCCUGCCCCUGCCACUUAUGAUGGUGUUUUCAAAACCAUGUUUGACUAUAUUGAUCAUCUCUUUGGACUGGUUCGUCCACGAAGGCUGUUCUUUAUGGCAAUAGAUGGUGUUGCUCCAAGAGCUAAAAUGAAUCAGCAACGUUCUCGGCGUUUUAGAGCUGCAAAAGAUUCAGCUGAGGCAGCUGCAGAAGAGGAAAGGUUGAAGAAGGAAUUCGAGCUUGAAGGAAGAAAGCUGUUUCCUGUAGAGAAACCUGAGACAGCUGAUUCAAAUGUUAUAACACCAGGGACAGAGUUCAUGGCGGCACUCUCAAUUGCACUUCAGUAUUUCAUACAUUUGAGAUUGAAUCAUACUCCUGGAUGGCAGUCAAUCAAGGUUAUAUUGUCGGAUGCUAAUGUGCCGGGAGAGGGUGAACACAAAAUUAUGUCAUAUAUUCGUUUGCAACGCAACCUUCCUGGUUUCAACCCGAACACACGCCAUUGUUUAUAUGGCCUGGAUGCAGAUCUGAUAAUGCUUUCUUUAACAACACAUGAGGUCCACUUUUCAAUUCUAAGGGAGGUGAUAACCAUGCCAGGGCAACACGAGAAAUGCUUCCUGUGUGGCCAAACUGGACAUCUUGCAGCUGACUGUAGAGAGGAUAAGAAGUCUAUGGAGAGUUCACCUAUCUACAAAAAGAAAUAUCAGUAUCUUAACAUCUGGGUUUUGCGGGAAUACUUGGAGAAUGAUAUGGAAAUAUGUGAUGCUCCAUUUCCAAUAAACUUUGAACGGCAUGUGGAUGAUUUUGUCUUUAUGUGUUUCUUUGUUGGGAAUGACUUUCUACCACACAUGCCCACUUUGGAAAUUCGUGAGGGUUCAAUAAAUCUUCUUAUGUAUGUUUAUAAACGGGAAUUUGUAGCAAUGGGUGGCUACCUAACAGAUGCUGGAGAGGUUUCAUUGGAUCGGGUGGAACAUUUGAUUCAGUCAGUUGCAGUUUAUGAAGACCAAAUAUUUCAAAAGAGAGCUCGCAUUCAACAGGCAUAUGAAAACAAUGAAGAAAUAAAGCUCAAAAUGCAGAAAGAGGGUUCAGAAUCAGAGGAUCUUCAAUCUGCAUCCACUGACAAGGUGAAAUUAGGUGAACCUGGAUACAAAGAACGAUAUUAUACCGAGAAGUUUGGAGUACAAGAACCAAAACUGAUUGACAAUGUCAAAAGAGAUGUCGUACAGAAAUAUGUCGAAGGCCUUUGCUGGAUAAUGAGAUACUACUACCAAGGUGUCUGCUCUUGGCAGUGGUUCUAUCCCUAUCACUAUGCUCCAUUUGCAUCGGAUCUAAAAGGUUUGGCUGAUUUGGAGAUCACCUUUUUUCUUGGUCAACCAUUUAAGCCAUUUGAUCAAUUAAUGGGAACGCUGCCUGCUGCUAGUUCAAAUGCUUUGCCUAAGCAAUAUGGGGCAUUGAUGACUAAUCCAAAAUCACCAUUAUGUUCAUUCUAUCCAAAAGACUUUGAGAUAGACAUGAAUGGCAAACGUUUUUCAUGGCAGGGUGUUGCAAAACUACCAUUCAUUGACGAGAGGCUACUACUUGCUGAAACUCAGAAACUUGAAGACACUUUAAUGGAAGAAGAGAAGUCACGCAAUAGGAUCAUGUAUGAUAUAAUCUAUGUUCAUCAAAGUCAUCGAUUGACAGUGCAGAUUGCUUACUUACAUCAAACAUUUUCCCAUCUGUCAAUUCAAGAGCAGCCACGCUAUUGUAUUCCAAUCGAAACAAAUUUCAGUGAUGGAAUGAAUGGGUUCCUUUGUUUGUGUGAGAGGAAUCGCUAUAGUGCUUCAAUAUCUACUCCUAUUAAAGGUUUAAUCGAUGUUGAAAACAAUAGAGUCUUAAAUGCUACGUUCAUGAAUCCUCUAUAUCACCCACAUAUCCCUGAACCUCCUAAAGGCGUAAAAAUGCCAGCAAAGAUAUUGAGACCAUACGAUAUUAAACCUUUUCCUGGGCUGUGGCAUGAAGAUAACUAUGGGCGACGCCAAAAUAGAGAGAGGCCACAGGUCUCUGGAGCUCUCUCUGGUCAUCUUCUCGGAGAAGCAGCACAUCGUCUUGUUAAAAAUUCUUUACAGAUUAGGUCCAACAAUAAUGCUGGCUUGCUUGACUUGGCAUAUCGCAAUGGCCCAACUUUUGGCAGCAAAGUCAAACCUACUGGCCCACUCGGAUAUGAAAGAGGCUAUGAGAGUCCGAAUUAUUAUCAGUAUUCAAAUUCUGGUAUGCAAGGUUUCUCAAACUCGAGGCCAAAAAUUCAUGACACUCAAUUUAGUAAACAAAACACGAGGAUGCCAGAAUCAUCAAACUCUCACGGUCAGUCAUCAUAUUCAAAUACUGGUAUUGUACCAGAUGUGUCGCAGCUGAGAUUGGAAAAUGGCCCAAAACAGCAGCCUCAGAUACGAAUGCAAAACCCUGGGUUUUCUGCACCGCAACAACAGUCCAUCCUGGAUGGUGGUCCGCCUCCUCCAUUCCCACCUAUGAACUGGAUCGAUAAGCAAAUGACGAGAGGUUAUAGGAGCAAUAUUAGUAGGAAUGAGCCUAUGGACUCACCUAGUGAACAAGUUACCAGAGGUCAUUCUGGUGGAUUUGGCAGGCAAGAGUUUUCAUCCAGAAACAUAAACGAUAAGCAGCAGCUGAUACCAAAUAAUAAAGUCUACCGAGUCAAAUCAGCGAUGUCACAGGACCCGCCCAAGUCUACUUAGUUAUGAAUCUCUUUGUACGAUUGCACCUUUGCUUCCUAACAGGAUGCAAUUCCCAUGUACUCUAUUUCCCCAGUAUAUUUAAAGUAUAACAGAUGGAGUUUAGUGGAUGGAUCGUUUAUUCCCUCCCUUGUGCUCUUUGCUGGCAGGCUAGCAGCUCAAAGUGAAUGGAACGGAUCACACUGGUCCAGUGUGUUAGAUUAUUACUCUGUUGUACGGGGGAUAGCGCAUGUAUUUUGAAUUCCCCCAAUAUGUAGGAUAUUUUCUAGUAAUUACUCAGACUUUCAAAGUUUCAA